CCGCCCCUCCGGGCCGAGCCUGGGCGGGGUCAGCUCGGGGCUCCCGGGGCCUUGGAGCCACAGUCCCGGUGACCGCGCGCCCGCCGCCGCCCGAGCCCGGGAGUCUGGGGGCCUGCGGCCAACGACCGAAUCAUGUGGCUGGAAAUCCUUCUCACCUCUGUGCUGGCCUUUAUCAUCAUCUACUGGUUUGUUUCCCGGGACAAGGAGGAAACUCUGCCCCUUGAGGAUGGGUGGUGGGGCCCUGGAGCGCGGCCCACAGCCCCAGAGGACGAGAGCAUCCGCCCUUUCAAGGUGGAGACCUCGGACGAGGAGAUCAAGGAUUUACACCGGAGACUCGACGGGACACGCCUAACGCCACCUUUGGAGGACAGCUGCUUCCAUUAUGGCUUCAACUCCAACUACCUGAAGAAAGUCCUUUCCUACUGGCGGAAUGAAUUUGACUGGAGGAGGCAGGUGGAGGUUCUCAACAGGUACCCUCACUUCAAGACCAAGAUUGAAGGGCUGGACAUCCACUUCAUCCAUGUGAAGCCCCCCCAGCUGCCGUCCGGCUGCACCCCAAAGCCCUUGAUGAUGGUACACGGCUGGCCUGGCUCCUUCUACGAGUUUUAUAAGAUCAUCCCCCUCCUGACUGAUCCCACAAACCAUGGCCUGAGCAAUGAGCAUGUUUUUGAAGUCAUCUGCCCUUCCAUUCCUGGCUACAGCUUCUCGGAAGCAGCCUCCAAAAAGGGCUUGAAUGCAGAGGUCACCGCCAGGAUCUUCUAUAAACUGAUGCUACGGCUGGGCUUCCAGGAAUUCUACAUUCAGGGUGGGGACUGGGGGGCCCUGAUCUGCACCAACAUGGCCCAGAUGGUGCCCAGCCACGUGAAAGGCCUGCACUUGAACAUGGCUUUCAUUUUAAAUGGUGGCAUCCUGACCCUCUUCCUGGUACGGUGUUGCCCGAGGCUUUUUGGCUACACCGAGAGGGACAUGGAGCUGCUGUUACCCGUCAAGGAGAAGAUUUUCUACACAACACUGCGGGAGAGUGGCUACAUGCACAUCCAGAGCACCAAGCCUGACACCGUGGGUGAGCUCAUGCUCGGCUGUGCGGCCCCGGCGGGGUUGGGGGCCAGAAAGUGGCCUGCCUGGUGCACCAGGCACUGAGUGGCCUUCUGGUUCUGCUUUCACAGAAAGUUCUCCCUGGACGACCUGCUGACCAACGUCAUGCUCUACUGGACAACAGGCACCAUCGCCUCUUCCCAGCGCUUCUACAAGGAGAACUCGGGACAGCUCUUCAAGAAUGAUCGGGUCAAGGUGUUCGUGCCCACUGGCCUCGCCGCCUUCCCGUGUGACCUGCUGCACACACCGGAGAAGUGGGUGAAGAGCAAGUACCGGAAGCUUGUGUCCUACUCCUACAUGCCACGUGGGGGCCACUUCGCCGCCCUUGAGGAGCCCGAGCUGCUGGCCCAGGACAUCCGCAAGUUCGUGGGGCUGCUCGAGCUGCAGUGAUGCCUGCGGGGACGGCCAUGCUCCUAGCGAAGCGACAGGCCCCCUCCCUGUCAGCCCCUUGACCUGGAAGCCCCUGACCCAGCGCGGCCCUCAUAUGUAUCCCCCUGCCCGUAGCAGGGUCCCAUGUUCUGUGCACAGCUGGAUACUGAUCAAUGAUUUUGGUUCUCAGAG